CAUUACUUUCCUUUUUCUUAAAGUAUCAUUUCUUCCUUUGUUUUCUUUCAUAAAAACCUCACCAUAAAGCACAAACAAACAAUUUCUCUCAUUCUCCUCCUCUUUUAUCUCCUUUUUCCAAUUGGUAUUGCACAUUUUCAUAGCUGAAUACAAGUCAAGUCUAUUUCACCACCCUUCAACACUAUCACAAUUCUUGGUACCAUACACUUAUACCCUUUCAAUAUCUCAGUCACAAAAUAUUUUCAGUGUCUCCUGUUCUAACUGAAAAUUUUACCAUUUAGUGAUAUUCAUGGAUCUGACUUUUCAGUAACCUAGUUUGAGACUCCUAAACAAAGAAUCAUAUCAUAUACAGUACAUAAUUUACAGAGCAAAAUGUCAUCUUCAGAAAAGCCUAGCUCCAAAGGGCAAGCAUGGUUCUGCACAACUGGAUUACCAAGUGACAUUGUUGUUGAAGUAGAUGACAUGACUUUUCAUCUCCACAAGUUUCCUCUGAUGUCAAAAAGCAGAAAGCUUCAUGAACUGAUAACCCAGCAAGAAGCUGAAGCAGUAACACAUUCUGCAGUCCCACAUGAAGAAGACGACGAAGACGAAAUCGUUGAAGAACAGUGUCAUGUAACGUUCACAGAUUUCCCCGGUGGCUCUGAGGCAUUCGAGAUGGCGGCUAAAUUCUGUUACGGUGUUAAAAUGGAACUGUCACCAUCCAAUGUAGCUUCACUUCGUUGCGCCGGCGAGUUUCUUGAGAUGACAGAAGAGUAUUCAGAGGAAAAUCUCAUCUCCAAGACAGAGAAGUUUCUCUCUCAGCACGUUCUCAAAAGCCUUGGCAACUCAAUCAAAACCCUAAAAUCAUGCGAAAGGUUGUUUCCUAUGGCAGAUGAUUUGGGAAUCACAGAGAGAUGCAUUGAUUCUGUAAUCUCAAGAGCUUCAUCAGCGGAUCCAGCCUUGUUUGGUUGGCCGGUAAGCGAAGCAGCCGCAUCUGCAUCUAAACAGAUCCUUUGGAAUGGAAUUGAUGCCGCCGGAAGAAGAAACGGCGCCGGAGAGUCUUGGUUUGAAGAUCUAGCGCUUCUUCGUUUGCCUUUGUUCAAAAGAUUGAUUCUCUCCAUGAGAGAAGCAGAGGUUAAUCCUGAAAUUAUUGAAACUUGUGUAAUGUAUUACGCUAAGAAGUACAUUCCCGGUGUUUCGAGAUCGAGUCGAAAACCGUUACCGUCUUCUUCCUCCGUUUCAUCAGAAACGGAGCAGAAAGAGAUUCUAGAAACUGUUGUUUCAAAUCUUCCACAGGAGAAAAACUUGAAUUCAUCAACAGCAACAAGGUUUCUGUUCGGAUUGCUACGAACAGCGAACAUACUCAACGCUUCAGAAUCAUGUAGAAACUCUUUGGAGAAGAAAAUAGGGUUACAGCUUGAAGAAGCAACACUCGAUGAUCUACUCGUACCUAGCUAUUCGUAUCUGAACGAAACGCUUUACGACGUUGAUUGCGUAGAGAGGAUCUUAUCUCACUUUUUGAAUAACUUCGAAGCAAGAAACGCAACCGCCGAUGAUGCAGUAGUAGAAGUAAUCGAAAGAGAUGACGUGGCAACUAGAUCGCCGGCGAUGAUGCUCGUUGGAAAACUCAUCGACGGUUAUCUCUCCGAAAUAGCUUCAGAUGCGAAUCUGAAACCAGAUCGAUUCUACAAUUUCGCAAUCUCUCUUCCAGAUCAAGCAAGACUCUUCGACGACGGUUUAUACCGCGCCGUUGAUGUGUAUCUAAAGGCACAUCCAUGGGUUUCAGAAUCGGAGAGAGAGAAGAUUUGCGGAUUAUUAGAUUGUCAGAAGCUAACACUAGAAGCAUGUACACACGCAGCGCAAAACGAGAGAUUACCGUUACGCGCGGUGGUUCAAGUGCUAUUCUUCGAGCAGUUACAGCUUCGUCACGCCAUCGCGGAAACACUGAUUGCGGCGGAGACAGGGGCGGAGAUAGGUCGUCAUUCAGCAACGCUAGAACGUGAAGAGGAAAACGGAAGAGGAGAAGAACCAUUACGGUUAGGAUUAGAAUCAGAAGAUCACGUGCAAGAAGGGAGUAACACGUGGCAUGUAGCGGUGAGGGAGAAUCAAGUGUUACGCUUGGAUAUGGAUAGCAUGAGGACGCGGGUGCAUCAAUUGGAACGUGAAUGUUCUUCGAUGAAGAGAGUUAUUGAGAAGAUUGAAAAGCCCGCCGUAAACGGCGGUGGAUGGAGGGCGUCGCUGGGGAAGAAAUUGGGUUGUAAGUUUAAAACUCAAGUUUGUGAUUCGCAUCAAUCAGCGGUUGUUGAUACGCGCAAGGAACGACGUAAUCGUAACUCGCAGCAGCAUCAUCAUCAUCAUGAAUAAGCAUCACGCUUGAUUUCUCCGGCACGUGAGAGGAUUAUUGUAGUUGGUAGAGUAAAGUUGAUACAGGUCCCAUUUGUAAUUGUUAAAUUUUUUUUCUUUUUUCUUUUAAUCUUCCAUAAAAUUUUAAUUUAUCAUCACAA